AUGCACCACAACCCCCGCUCUACCAUCAGCCCACCCAACAGAACACCUGCCGCUCGCCCUCCCGCGAUUCACCCGUCCAAACGUCCCACCGCCUCUCUCUCUCUCUCUCUCUCUCUCUCUCUCUCUCUCUCUCUCCCUCUCUCUCUCUGUUUGGUCGAUAAGAAAAUUUUGAUCGGAUUUCAAAAUUUAAUUUGCGUGUGUGUGUGUGUGUGUGUGUGUGUGUGUGUGUGUGUGUGUGUGUGUGUGUGUGUGUGUGUGUGUGUGUGUGUGUGUGUGUGUGUGUGUGUGUGUGUGUGUGUGUGUGUGUGUGUGUGUGUGUGUGUGUGUGUGUUUCGUUUGGGCGCUUGGAGCUGUUGCCGGAACUGGAGCGUUGAACGAACAAGAUCUGAGGAUUGGGGAGCUGAGACCAGAGGGAUGGAGGACCUCGCCGAGGUCAAUCGACAGAUGAGUCCUAGUCAGUGGUCACCCCGCGGCACGCCAGACCAGGUCAUUCAGCUGCACUGCCAGCGACUCCGAGAGCAAAGUGAGGCCGCCCAAAGGGCACAGAUCUACUAUGAACUACCCAAGGACAAUGAAGCCGACCCCGUGGUUGGAGUGGUGGCCGAGGCAAAGCUGGGUUCUGAUUUUGCAGGUCGCAUCGUGUAUUACAUCCACGGAGGCAUGUGGCAAGCAUUGGCGCUUGCUGAUUCUCUCUUUGCGGCCAACCGUUUCGUCUCGGACAACUGCGCUUGGGCCGCUGUCGAGUACACCAUUGCCCCAGCAGGGACCCUGACACAGAUGGUUGAGGAGUGUCGACGUGGGCUCGAGCGCCUGCACGCAACAUACCCCUUGGCCCAGCUGGUCAUUGCCGGGCACUCAGCCGGCGGUCACUUGGCUAUCAUGAUGCAAUGGCUGGACCUUCCAUCAUCCCUACGCGCCGCCAUCUCAGGCGUCUUUGCUGGCUCUCCCCUCCUAGAUCUCACCCCCGUGCAAGCUAGCUAUGCAAAUGAGGCCCUUCAGCUGAGCGAUUCUGAGGUUGCCCAAUACAGCCCGCUGCUUCGCCUUGCUGCCGGCCAGCAGCCACUGUUUUCUCCGCCCCAGCUUAUCGUCGUGAUUGGAGAACAUGAGCCAGAUGAAUUUCGUCGUCAUGGUCGCGAAUACACUGAAAAAUAUCAAGCCGGCAACAUGGGGCCCGUGGCUCUCCAUGACUUGCAAGGUGAAGACCACUUUACAGUCAUUGAGAACCUGGCCGCAGACUCGGCGAGCCACCGAAUUCUUGCCGAGAUGCUUCAGCUCAAAGUUCCGCAGGCACACGCCAACAGCCAUGUCACCGUUGAGCUGGCCAAGUGCCACGUGUCCAAAAGUCGCCAGUUGCAGCAAGUGACCAAAAGCUUUCGCCACCAUUUGCUGCGCGUCCAGACCCGCGGACGCGUGAGCGGCCCGUGCCCAACGCGACGUGUGUGCAGAAUCCCAAGGGGUGGUUGA